AUGAUGGAAAUUCAGAAUCCCGUUGCUGCUCCUGUCAGCAUCCCCAUUAAACCUUCGGCUUUGCCUCCUUCGUUAUUGAACUUUGGGAAGAGGAAGUCGGCUAGUACCAGGGAGCUGAGCAGGGCAUCUCGAAGUAGUAGUAAGGAGAAUUCGACACCAUCCGUCGCAGCUCUGAAGGUCCUCGCCGCCACUUCUAUCCCGCUCCGACCUAGUGCUCCAAAAUUUAUUGUGAAUGGGACUCGUCAGCGACCUAGACUGCCUCAGAGGAAAAGUUCGGAUGCCAGUCCGACUUCCUUGGAAUCUCCAUCCAGUCUGUUGGACUUUGUGUUGAGCGAUGCCUUGGAUGAGAAGCUGUCGCUACCCAUCACACGAUCAAACUCCCAAACAUUUCUCAAUGUCUUGCUGAGUCCGCCUGACCUGUCGGACGACUAUUCUGUGGCAAUUAGCCCUCCUAGGUCGGCACUAUCUAUCCGGUCGCUGUCUACGGAGUCGAUACCUUCGCUCGCAAACGAUGACGAGGGUACCUUCUCAUGGGGCGCUCCUGUAACACCAUCACCUUUGCGUCGGUCAUCGAAACUUAACAAGACCUUCUCACCACCUGAAGAAUGUAUACUUGACCAUCCGCUAUUAGCGGCAGAAUCACAAGAACCGUCAUCCGAUGAAGAUGUAGAUCCUGCGAGCCUCUAUACCGAACAGGAGAAGAAACUAGGUGCUUUCAGAUUGUCCUUCAAAUCCAACCUAACAGCCUCGUUACGGGUCCUACGUUCAGCUGCACGAACUUUCACCAGCCUGUCGACGCCCUUGACCCAGCCGGAUGAUUUCCUAACUCGCUCUAUCCUUUCGAUUUCGCCUCAGUACAACACGGACGAGAAGAGACCGAAGUUCAACGAUGUACCGACCCCGGCCCUUCGGAGAUACCUCAAUCCGUCACCCAAGACAUUUUCUCGAGAACUGGGACAGUUCACCGACAGGAACGAAAGCGUAAGUGCUUCUAUCCAGCUGGAGACGUACAAGCACACAAUCAUCACUCCACCACCCGAGGUACCUGUCACCCGUAACCGCGAAGUCCGCGAGAAUAGCGAUUUUCUGCGAGUGAUUGUCCUCGAGAUGAAUAUGCGGCGACAAGGCAAGCUCAGCGACACAUCACAAGGAAAGGCACGAUUCGUAUUGCCACCCCGACAAUCGUCCAAACUCCGGCCCUUGGGAGAUUCUACGCAUUGGAAACCCAUUAAUUUCGACUAA